UGCGAACCGAACGUUCGCAAACGUGUCAUUGCUGUUUCUGGUGUUCACGGAAAGCAGUUAUUGGAGCAUUGUUCUUUGAAUCCCGUGAUCGAUCAUUGCCGAAGGGUCAAGUUCUGGAGUGUUUUGGAUCUUAAUCGGUGAGCGCUUUCUUUCGGCGGUCAUGUCGGUUUCUUUGAGUUAUGCGUCGAAAGGUUGACGGAUCGAGGAUGCGGUGGAUGACAGAUCGCUCAGCUGAGCUUUCCGCCGCAUCGCUCUGCAGAUAUUAUGUACUUUGAGAUAGAAUCCGUCUCAGAUCACUCUCCUACGAGAAUGAACAAAUCUGUUGAAAACUUGUUAAUUUCAAGUCAUGAGGUAAUUAGUAGCAUAAACUCGUCAUCGUUAGGCAGUCAAGAUUCUCCUGGAACACUAGGAAAUGGUAUUCCCUGUGAGAAUGCACAAGAUCAUGGUUCUACGACAGGAACAGAUCGAGGUAGUCCUGGUCUUAGUCCUAAUUUGUCUCCUCGCCCAAGCCCACGAUCUUUUACGAAACGUGAUCUUGCCAAGCAAAAUUCUAGUUCUUACUCGUCUCAUAAAGGGUCAAUAAAUUUAAGCAAAUCAGAGGAUCAGCAAAUUCAGGAAGUCACUAGUCGAUCGUCAGACUCGGCUGAACCUGUUAAACAUUCUGCAAAUGAAGGAAAGAAAGAACCAAGGGAGCGAAGCAAAAAGAAACCUUCGUGGUAUAGUGUUCUCUAUCCAACAUAUAAAUCUCGUUCGGAAGACUUUAAAAAGAUAUUUAAAGAUGUACCAGAUGAUGAGAGACUAGUUGUAGAUUAUUCGUGUGCUCUUCAGCGAGAAAUAUUAGCUCAUGGAAGAUUAUAUGUCACACAAAACUAUGUAUGCUUUUAUGCAAAUAUUUUUACAUGGGAAACAUUAGUGUCAUUACGCUGGAAGGACGUUACGUCAAUCACCAAAGAAAAGACAGCAAUUGUUAUUCCAAAUGCUAUUCUAAUCUCCACCGAAACUGACAAAUUCUUCUUAACAACGUUUGGGGCGAGAGAUAAGACUUAUCUAAUGUUAUUUCGUGUUUGGCAAAAUGCUUUAAUAGGCCAGCCAAUGAGUACAACGGAAAUGUGGCAAUUAGUCCACACCAGUUACGGAGCGGAAUUAGGACUAACAUCAGAUGAUGAAGAUUAUGUCCCACCGACAUCUGCUACCGAAGACGAAAAGUUAUCAACUCGUUUAUCGGUAGAAUCUUUUUCGGAGGCUGAAGCGGUAUCAACUAUGGAUAGUCCAGUACCAGCUGUGACUGAACCUGUAGUUGAACAGAUUGAGGAAACUGCUUGCGAGCAGCCACCACAAUUAGUUCAACAAUCUAGACCUCAAUCAGCUUUAGAUCCAACAGAUUUGAGUGAUACUACUGAGAGUGAAGCAGAAAAACAUGCUUUGAAAGUUGGUCUUCGUGGAGUUCCGACUUGUACGUCAGUCCAUAAAGGUCGACAGCUGCAGAAAGUCACAUUGCCGGUCCACAUUGAUCAGCUGUUCACUCUUCUCUUUACAAGUUCUAAAUUUUUCUUAGACUUUCAUACAGCCCGAAAGACGACUGAUUUGGUACAAUCUGCAUGGGUACAAAAUAAUCAGACAGGGCAGAAAAUGAGAAAUGUUUCUUUAAUCCUGUCUUUAAACCAAUCCAUGGGUCCCAGAACGUCACAGGUUACGGAAACUCAGAUAAUGCUACCGUGUAGCAAACCUGGUGUUCUUUACUGUAUCGAUGUAGAAAGUUUAAAUUCCGGUAUUCCUUAUGCCGAUUCUUUCAGCGUCUUAACGCACUAUUGUAUGCUUAGUACAUCCGAGAAUGAAACAAGUCUAACGAUCUUUGCACAAAUAAAGUAUAGAAAGAGUGUUUGGGCAUUUGUAAGAAGUUUAAUUGAGAAAAACUGCUGGGCGGGAUUAGAUGAGUAUUUCAGUAGUCUAGUGAAGGCUUUGAGCGUGGAAUGCGAAGAAGUGAAUAUCAGCGGUGGAAUAAAAAGGAAAGCCAGAAGAAGAAGACGCGUUACGGCUGCAGGAAUUGCUUUGCAAGCUCACCCUCCGGAGCUUUCGUCGGUAGUUCAUCCGGUGACUGCAGCGGAACUACCUCACAUUCAUAGCAAUCACGUUUCAGAAGUUCGAAACGAUACGAGCAAUGUAUUGAGCUGGGUCUUGUUAGUAGCCGUGUUGUGUUUAACAUUAAUUAAUGGAUUACUUUACUAUAAAUUAUGGGGAUUGGAGGAGGCAGCCGCUUAUACCAUAAUGGACCUACACGUUCUCAAAAAUGCCCCGAAAACGGAGGAGGAUUGGAUUAAUUUGUUGCAGCAACAAGAAAGUCUUCAUAAUGUGGAAAUGAGGAAAUGGCAAAGGGUACUACAUACUGCCUCGCAAUUACUUAGACAGACGGAAGAGUCUCUAACGGAAUUGCAGAUGAGUAUUCACCCCACUGCAUCGGAAAAAAUGUUUUCUGUACUAAAGCCAGGUGUAAAGAAUUCCCGCAGUGAGCAACGCAGUAAUAACCCUGAAAUGUAAUAGCAAUAUAUCCAAUCUUUCCAUCAUAUUCCGUAAGUUCCAAUGUUACGAAAGCAGUAAACACAGAACGCCUUGAAGUUCAUUUAGUAUAUUUGACAUAUGCUGAGAGAAGCUUCUUUCUGAUACAAGUUACGACCUUUCCUAUUCUCGUGGCUAUCACAAAAUACUGGCCAAAAUAUUUAAGAAAACUUGUUACCUUUUUCCUUUUCUGAAUAAUUUAAAUCAUCAAGGAAACUAAAAUUCCCAAAAAGUGCGUUUAUUUUGUAUUUUACUUAAAAUCAUGUAUGUUCCCGGGUUCAAUUUAAACCCGUAGUUAGUAUUAAAUCGAAAUUCAUUUAUCAAUGAAAGUAAAAUUCUACUUAGCAUCAAAUGUUGAAAUUUGAUUAGUACCUCAAUUAAUUACUUAUUUAGGUGCGUUCAUUGUGUUGAUGGACGUAAAAUAUUUUAUUAAUUUCUUGGUACUGACGAGUCAAUAAAUUUCUGUACAUGUAGACAUGCGGAUGUAUAUCUUGUGCUUCCACAAUUAUUAAUCAAUUAUCUUAUUUCGAUUAAUUGUGGAAAUAAAAUAAAAUUCUGUUAUGAAA